AUGGCUCCACCAACAAAUCAUCCCCCGGGAGCAUGCCCGCCGGGAUGCACAAAGCACCCUUGCUCGUCCAUCGCGCCGAGCGGGGUCUGUCCCAUGCGUUCGUUCCAUCCGUCGGGCCCUCACUCCCAUUUCUCCUGUUACGAUGACCUCAGGAGCAGGCUUACGCACGACAAGAAUGUUAGACCCGUUGCCUCUCAACAGCUCGACUUCAUGGAUGAGGCGGGCCCCUUGGCUCUUGCAUGCCUCCCUCCGCUGCUAUGGGGAGGCUUGAGCGCCAACCCUAUCGACGAUAUGAUAUUUGAGACUGCGCUUACCGCCAACGAGAUGAUGGACGACAUCACAUGGAGACCGAGAGUUGACGUGGAGUUCGACAGCAAGAAGAAGGAGAUGGUUAUCUUAGCCGACUUGCCGGGCCUUCAGAAGGAUGACGUUACCAUAGAAGUAGACAACGGGGCUCUUGUUAUCAAAGGUGAGAAGGCCGCUAAAGACGUGAAGGAGGACGACGAGGGGAAAACGAAGAGCCUCGUUACCGAGCGGGUGUCUGGUUACUUUGCUCGCCGCUUUCAGCUACCGAGCAACUACAAGCCUGACGGGAUCAGCGCAACCAUGGACAACGGCGUUCUACGCGUUACUAUCAAGGUGGACGAUUCAGGGAGCACGAAGCAACAAAUAGAUGUGAAGUAG